UUGCAAGAGAUGAGAGGGACCAGCUUCUUUUCCCAUUGCAAAAAUGGGCUCCAGCGUCUUCCCCCUGUGCCUGAUGCUCCUACUAUGUUAUGUUUAUGGUUCUCCACUCUCUGUGGGGAACCACUCCAGUGGAGCUGAUGCUGAAGCUGGUGAGAUAUUCAAAGACAUUCCAGACAUCAACUUGGCUGCUGGACAGGACCUCUUUCAGGGUGAUAUCAUGCUCCCUAAAGAUCAGCGAAAUGCCCUAAGAAAUGAGACUUACAGGUGGAAGUUCCCCGUUCCCUAUAUUCUGGGUGAUGACCUAGAUCUGAAUGCCAAAGCAGUAAUUCUCCAGGCAUUUGAAAUGUUCCGCCUGAAGUCCUGCGUUGAUUUCAAGCCAUAUGAAGGAGAAAGAACCUACAUAAUCUUUAGAAAAGAAGACGGGUGUUGGUCCAUGGUGGGGGACCAGCAUACUGGACAGACCCUCUCAAUUGGGGAAAGGUGUGACUACAGAGCAAUUGUGGAACAUGAAAUCCUGCAUGCUUUAGGAUUUUAUCAUGAGCAGUCAAGGAUGGACCGGGAUGACUACGUGAAAAUCUGGUGGGAUGAAAUUAUUCAAGGCAGAGAGCACAAUUUUGCGAAGUAUGAUGACAGCUACAUCACUGACCUGAACACCCCCUAUGACUACGAAUCACUGAUGCACUAUGCACCAUUUUCAUUUAACAAAAAUAGCAGCGUCCCCACAAUCACAGCAAAGAUACCAGCAUUUGAUGACAUAAUUGGACAACGUCUAGACUUCAGUGCCAUUGAUCUGGAAAGACUGAAUCGCAUGUACAACUGCACUUCAACUCACACCUUUCUGGACCAGUGUUCUUUUGAGUUUGACAACAUCUGUGGUAUGAUUCAGGGCACCAGAGAUGACCUAGACUGGGUCCAUCAACUGAACAAUGUGACAGGGCAAGAGGACCACACGCUUUCUGGGUGCUGUAGAGAUGCUGGCUAUUUCAUGUACUUUGACACCAGCUCUGGCACAGCAGAUGAGGUGGCAGUCCUGGAGUCUCGAAUCCUUUAUCCAAAGAGAACUCAGCAGUGCCUCCAGUUCUUCUACAGGACCACAGGAAGCAUUUCUGACAAGCUGAUCAUCUGGCUUAAAGAGGAUGAUGGCACUGGGAAUGUUCAGAUGAGGAAAAUCCAAACCUUUCAAGCUGACAGUGAUUCCAACUGGAAAAUUGCCCAUGUAACCCUCCAUGCUCAGAAGAAGUUCCGUUACCUCUUCCAAGGACUAAAGGGCAACCCCAGCUCUUCAUCUGGUGGGAUUGCUAUCGAUGACAUCACCCUGACAGAGACCCCCUGUCCCACAGCCGUGUGGGUCAUUCCGAAUUUCAGCCAAAUCCUUGAGAACACAUCCAUUAGUGUUAUUCAAAGCCCUCGUUUUUAUAGCCCUGAGGGUUAUGGAUUUGGCAUAACUGUGAUCCCCAACUAUAACAGCACUGGCUACGCUCGCAUCGCCUUUCACCUGUGCAGUGGAGAGAACGAUGCUGUGCUGGAGUGGCCGGCUCUGAACCGCCAAGCCACGCUCACAGUGCUGGACCAGGACCCCGACGUCUUGAAAAGGAUGUCCUCGAGCAAAAGCUUCACCACAAGCAAAAACCAUGUUAGCUCAGAUGGUAGUGGAGCUGUAAUAUGGGAUAAACCAUCAAUUUCUGGAACAUUUGAUGAAUCAUGCAAUUGCAACAGAACUGUAUCCUUGGGGUGGAAUAACUUCAUAUCUCACAGCGAGAUGAGACGGAGAAGCUUCCUGAAAAAUGAUGACCUGAUUAUUUUUGCAGAAUUUAAUGAUAUAAUUCACCUCAAUAACACUGAAGUUCCUGUUGAAUCUGUACAAUCUGCCCUCAUGGGAGGCCUCAUCCUUGAGAGGCAGAAGAGAGCAGCCCAGGAUAUGCAGUCUGUUCAAGAUCAGCUGCCUUAUCUGCAAGACCCCUGUGAUCCAAACCCUUGCCAGAAUGAUGGAGUCUGUGUGAAUGUGAAAGGAAAAGCAAGCUGCAGGUGCCCAUCAGGACAAGCCUUCUUCUUCACGGGUGAGAGGUGUGAGUCAAGACAGGUCCAUGGGGACAUCCUGGGAAUGACAAUUGGUGGAAUAGCUGGAACCAUUGUCUUAACCAUCGUCCUCAUUUCCAUGAUGGCUAGAAGAUAAAAAAACUGCGGGGGAAUAAAUCUCAACCUGGUGUUUUUCCAUAGUUCAUAAAACAUUGGUUUUCAGUGAAAAGUGAUGAAUACAAGCUGUAGAAGACCAGUCAACACAUGGAUCAAAAGCUCUAUCAACACCUUGGCAGAAAUCUGCUCUAUCUGAGGGUUGUGGCGAUUAAAAUGUGUCAUGUAGAACUGCUGUCUGAUGCAAGUUCAUGCAAUACC